GUUCAUGAUCAUGGUUAUGGUUAGUCUCCUUGAGUUCAGAACUGUGGGAUCCAGUAGGCUCAAGAUCAUACUCUCUAGAUUGAUUGAAGAAUGCAAGAACCUGAGAGAGCUCAAAAGAAUCCAUACCCAGAUUCUAAAGUCCCCAACUUUACAUACUGGUGACCAAUAUUAUCUCAUUACCCGUCUCCUUUUCUUUUGCUCCUUUUCCAAUUAUGGUUCUUUCAGCUAUGCUACCAAUGUUUUUCGUAUGAUCAAGAACCCAGAUCUUCGUGUCUACAACAUCAUGAUCAGAGCAUAUGCAGGCAUGGAAGGAGGUGAUGACACCCUUUUUUGCAGGGCAUUGAUGAUGUUUAAGCAAAUGCUUUGCAAGGGCUUUGUGCCCAAUUGCCUUACUUUUCCUUUCCUUGUAAAGGGUUGCACUAGGUGGCUGGAUGGUGCUACUGGCCAAGUUAUUCAUGCCCAUGUGAUAAAGUUUGGAUUUUUGAACGAUGUUUUUGUUGGGAAUUCUUUGAUCAGUUUGUAUAUGACUUGUGGGUUGUUAAAUAGUGCCAGGAAGUUGUUUGAUGAAAUGUUGGUUACAGAUGUUGUCACUUGGAACUCAAUGGUUAUUGGGUACUUGAGAAAUGGAGGACUUGACAUGGCAUUGGAUUUGUUUAGGAAGAUGAAUAUGAAGAAUAUCAUAACUUGGAAUUCGAUUAUUACAGGGUUGGUUCAAGGUGGCAGGGCAAAGGAAUCGCUGGAACUUUUCCAUGAAAUGCAGCUUCUGAGUGAUGAUGAUGUGGUUAAACCUGAUAAGAUUACAGUAGCUAGUGUGCUUUCAGCUUGUGCUCAAAUUGGUGCUAUAGACCAUGGUAAAUGGGUGCAUGGUUAUCUGAGAAGAAAUGGCAUAGAGUGUGAUGUGGUAAUUGGAACAGCACUGGUGAAUAUGUAUGGCAAAUGUGGGCAUGUGCAGCAAGCAUUUGAGAUCUUCAAAGAAAUGCCUGAGAAGGAUGCCUCAGCAUGGACAGUAAUGAUUUCUGUGUUCGCUCUUCAUGGAUUUGGUUGGAAUGCUUUUGAUUGUUUUUUAGAGAUGCAAAGAGUUGGAGUAAAGCCGAACCAUGUCACAUUUGUUGGAUUAUUGUCAGCUUGUGCUCAUUCUGGUUUGGUAGAGCAAGGUCGAUGGUGUUUUGAUAUAAUGAAACAUGUUUACUUAAUUGAACCACAAGUUUAUCACUAUGCUUGCAUGGUUGAUAUUCUUAGUCGAGCCAAGCUCUUUGAUGAGGCAGAGAUUCUCAUAAGAAUCAUGCCAAUGAAGCCAGAUGUUUAUGUCUGGGGUGCAUUACUUGGAGGUUGUCAAAUGCAUGGGAAUGUAGAAUUAGGAGAAAAGGUAGCUUGUCAUUUGAUAAACUUGGAACCUCAUAAUCAUGCUUUCUAUAUGAACUUGUGUGAUAUAUAUGCCAAAGCUGGCAGGUUUGAUGCUGCCAAAAGAAUUAGGAAUUUGAUGAAAGAAAGAAGAAUAAAAAAGAAAAUACCAGGAUGUAGCAUGAUUGAAAUCAAUGGGGUAGUUCAAGAAUUUUCAGCUGGAGGAUCAUCUGAACUUCCCAUGAAAGAGCUAGUAUUGGUUUUAAAUAGAUUAAGUAACGAGAUGAAGAUAUGAGUACAGUGAGUUAUC